UGGCCGGGUGCUGAUUCGGCCGUUUGCAUAAUUUAUAUAAGACCGUCGGUGCUUUAUAUGCCUACACGGUAUUGUAAUUUCGAUUCUCCGGAAGCGGUUUAAUUUUUAAAAAAUGUCCAACCCGGUGGAACUGCUAAAAAAUGUGGUUAUAACCGCGGCGGCGUACGCGAUUGGUGUAUUUUGGGCGGUCUUCGCCAUUGGGAAAUUUCUCAAAGCCAAGUAUGAGGGAAAGAUUCCCGAUAUCCCGUCAAAACGCCGCACGAAACCGGCGAUCUUAACCGACCCGAAAUGGGGACAACACGGAUUUCUCCAGCUGAAGAACGGCAUUCGCAUUCAUUACGUGGCGGAUGGAUCUACUGAUAAACCGCUGAUGCUGUUCCUUCACGGAUUCCCUGAUUACUGGUUUUCCUGGCGACGGCAAAUGCAGCAUUUUAAAAAAGAUUACCGCGUUGUGGCUAUUGAUAACCGCGGUUACGGCGAAUCGGAUAAACCCCGGGAAACCAAGGCAUACGGGCUGCCGAAUUUGGUGGAGGACACCAAGCUGGUCAUCGAAGCGCUGGGAUACAAGAAGUGCGUGCUAGUCGGCCACGAUUGGGGCGGUAUUAUUGCAUGGUCGACUGCCACGGUGUAUCCGGAAAUGAUCGAGCGGCUGGUUAUUCUCAAUGUUCCGCAUCCGGGAUUUCUCUCUAAAAUGCCGCUGCGGGCGGCGCUAAAACAGUUCCUCAUGAGCUGGUAUAUCUUCCUUUUCCAACUGCCAUACCUUCCUGAAUACAUGCAGACCGUCGCCGACCUCUCCCGUCUGGAGCAAGCGUAUACCAGUCCGGCCAAAACUCCCGGCGGCAAACCGACACCGGUGUUGGACCGCGAGGAAGUGGAGGCGUUGAAGUACAUCUUCGGUCAGCCGGACGCCAUGACCUACCCGCUGAACUACUACCGGAACCUGUUCGGCAUCUGCCCGGCACGCCGCCCGCACUGGUAUCCCCUGCGCAUGCCGGUUUUGCUCAUUUUCGGAACGGCCGACAUUGCCCUGUCGGUCGAAGGCGCCCAAGUAUCCAAGGAAUUCGUCGGCGGAUAUUUUGAGCUGCAGCUGAUGGAGGGCGUUAGCCACUGGGUGCACCACGAGGCCUCACCCAGGGUCAACCAGUUUAUUGAGAAUUUCCUUAAGAAAUCGGUGUAAUAGAAAUUGAUUCUAAAUUAUUGAUACUUUAUAUUUUUGACUGAUGUUUCAGACUUUUUAUUUUUUUCUGCUGUCCGUUUAUAAUGAGAAUGUUUUUAGAAAUUGGUUAGCUGAAUUUUGAUUAUUUUCCCGGUUUCCACGAUGUUCGCAUAAUUUUUUCCAUUGAUAAUUUAUUUGGAAAAUCGGUUUAAUGAAUUGUUUUUUAGGGUUUGUUAUUUUAUCUCGAUGUUUAAAAUUUUUUCAUAUUUUUUGGGUGAAUAUACUUGCUUUGCUAUAUAUUUAUCGAAUUUUGCUGAAGUUUAAUAUUAAAAACAACGCAAUAAAAAUGCUGUUUGUGAUGACC